AUGAGUCUGAUCUGCGUCCUCAUCUGGACUCUCCUCUGCUGCUUCUUCACAGAGUCCAGAGGACAGAUCACAGUGACUCAGUCUGGAGCAGUAAACUCUGCUCUGGGAGGUUCUGUCACCAUCAGCUGUAAGACCAGCCCCAAUGUUUAUGUCUGGAGCAACUACCACCGUGCAUCGUGGUUCCAACAGAGAGAUGGAGGAAUUCCUAAGCUGCUCAUUUACUACGCCAACACUCGAGAAUCAGGGAUUCCAGAUCAUUUUACAGGCAGAGGAUCAAACUCUGACUUCAGUCUGACCAUCAGUGGAGUCCAGACUGAAGAUGCUGCAGUUUAUUACUGUAUGGGUGAAUUCCACAUCAACAGUCAGUGGUCGUUGACUUUUGGUGGAGGAACCAGACUGGAUGUUGGAAGUGAUGUCCAUCCCACCCUGACGGUGCUGCCCCCCUCCAGUGAGGAGCUGCAGCAGGGGAAGGCCACGUUCAUGUGCCUGGCCAACAAGGGCUUCCCCUCAGACUGGAGUCUGUCCUGGAAGGUGGACGGCAGCAGCAGCAGCAGCAGCAGCAGCAGCAGCAGCAUGAGCUGGGAGGAGAGCAGGAGCCCCGGGGUGCUGGAGAAGGACGGCCACUACAGCUGGAGCAGCACCCUGAGGCUCCCUGCAGACCAGUGGAGGAAGGUGGUCUCUGUGAGCUGUGAGGCCACCCAGGGCUCCCAGACUCCACUCUCAGAGACACUGAGGAGAGACCAGUGUUCCCAGUCCUGACUCACUCACUGGGAUUCUCAUACUUUUCUGACUCUUACUGCUCUCUGUUUGCUCUCUCUAAUUCUUUCUUUUUUCUUUUAAUAUUUUUUUCAAACUAAACAAAUAAAACAGCCAUGUCUUCCUCUUCACAAUGAUAUAGUUCAUGAUUUUCAUGCAAUAAAGCCUUCUGUCUUCAAAUGAGGUGUUUCACAGUCUUAUUAUUUAAUCAAACAUCUUAAUAUUUCAUAAUGUAUUGUAACUUCAGACAUGAGAAACAAUUCCACAAAUGAACAUUGACAAAGCACACCUGUGAAGUGAAAACUGUUUCAGUUGACUAACUCAUGAAGCUCAAUGAGAGAAUGCCAAGAGUGUGAAUUUAAGUAGCAUGUUGAGUGUAAUCAGAGGAAAG